AUGGAACACAUCUGUAUUCAAACGUGGCAAACUUCCACAAUUGAAGAACAAUGUGAUGAUCAUGAUUUCGUCGUUGUGGCCAUUAGUCCAUCACAAUUUCGCUCAUUGUUAUCAUCAACUCCAAGAAGCAUUAGUUUUGCUCGUCAUAUUCUCGAUUAUGCUUUAAGCAAAUUUUCUUCAUCGCAAAAACUCGUCGUCCUCAUCGCCGAUCAAAUACAGAAAUACAACGUAGCUGUAUUCGAACACAAAAACGAAGAAUGUUCACUAAAAACAGCUACAUCACUCGGUCAAAAGAUUUCAAGUUUCUUUUUUCAAGUUCUGGAACAAAUCUCGCCGAAUGAUCGUCAAAGGAUUCAAAUUAUCAAUUGGACCGAUAUGCUCACGUCCAGCAACUAUGACGCUCGUGUAGAAGACAUCCGAGUGUACACAAACAAUCAUCCGGAGCAAUGCUUGCCAUUGAUUGAUAAGGUCUGUCAAGAAUAUGCCAGAGCACGGUCUCCGAAAAAAGUGCUGAAAACGAAGGAAGUCGUUAUGUUGCGCGAGUAUGUCAUCGCCGAACUACCUGCUUUACUCAAUGGUAUUGAAUACAGCGGCGAUACUUAUCGAUUUAUGCUGCAUCCAGUUCUGAAAACGGAUAAUUCCAAUGGAAAUGAUCAACGAGAGGCUAUGGUUGCCCUACUUGAUCAUAUGCGGAAAGAUUAUUUCACACAUGCUACAAUUACAAUGUCCAUGUGUCGUAUAUUCGACGUCGAAAUUCCACGUUCAUCGAUUGUCGACAAUGAUGAAGAAUUGAGCGAUUCAUCGCAAUCGUCAUCUGUAUCAUCAGCAUCAGAACCUAUCGCCGAUACUAGUAGGCCAACUUUGCAAGAAACAGCGCUCGACACUGAUGGUAAUUUGGAUUAUCUGUGGCUCUGUAUUUUCAUUCAAUUAUCAAUGCUUAUUAUUCGACACUUUUGGUUGCCGAUCUUAUCUGCCUGUGUUUUCGCGUACGGACUCUAUUAUAUCUAUAUAUCAUUUCUUGAGAAAGUAUCUAAACAUGGUGAAUGGCCUUCGACUACAGCUGACAAUUCCAAAGGAGCAGUUGGUACAAAGUAUCAAACAUUAUUUGGUGAUUUACCAGCUAUACAGUCAAGUCAGAAUGGACGUUUUCUGAAUGAUUUACACACGGAUUUAGGCUGCCCUCAAGCGUAUCGUAUUUACAUGGGUCCGGAGCCAGCACUCAUGUUGGCCCAUUAUCAUGCUGUGAAAGAUUUCUGGAGUCAACAAAAUGAGAAAUGUGUUGAACGAGAUGUACAUCUCGGUUGGCCACUUCAGAUGCUCAUGGGUAGUGGAGUUGGAUUUCGUUCUAUAGCAGAUCGUAAUCGAAUAACAAAAUUUUUUCAUCAAUGCUUCGGUCCAAGUCAACUUCGACGAUUCGAUCUACAUCUUGAAUCACUGACAACUGAUUUCCUCCGUUCCUAUACUUCUGAACAGAUGCAAUACCAAAAUUUAAGAUACUUCGCGCAUGAUGCUGCAGUUCAUCUAUUCCUCGGUGAUGUUGGCUUUAAUCACCUAGAUGAACUUCAUAGUCUUGUUGAUGAACUUGCCGACUUGAUGAACGAAGUAUUUGACGGCAAAUGGACGAACAUACCUGUCAUAGGAUACUAUCUUCUGCCUAAUUCCUAUUCGUUAAGAAAACGUAUUCGUGCGUUCAAUUCCACCACUCGUAAUCUUCUUAAAAAAAUUAUCAAUACCUAUCGACAAACUUCAUCAGUUGAUGAACAUGAUACUGACACGAAUAUUUCUCUUCUAAAGUAUUAUGCACAUGAUUCAGAUCCAACAAUUACGUUUGAUGAACUGACAGAUACGAUUAUUGAGGGUUUACUUGCGCCUAAUGAUGGUACAGCUGGAACAUUUAUGUACACAUUACUGUUGCUUGCAAUGCAUCCGGAUAUUCAAGAAAAAGCUCGAGAGGAAAUUCGAAGUUUAUCAGACUUGACAUCACAAUCGCUGAGUACAACAACAUAUUUGGAUCAAAUACUCAGUGAAUGCCAACGCAUAUGUCCGAUAUUUAUGUUCAACGUACCAGAAUUUACUAGUGCACCGAUGACAAUCAGUGGAAUACAAGUACCAAAGAACACAAUGAUUAUGCUCGAUGUCGUUUCUCUCAAUCAUAGCUCAGAUAUAUGGUCUGAGCCGUUGAGAUUUCGACCGGAACGAUUCGAUGUAUCUAAUGCACCUGUUCCACUCAAAGCUUAUCACGGUUUUGGCAAUGGACAUAGUCGACGAUGUCUAGGACAGCAUCUUGUCAAAAAUUUACAUCGACUAUUUCUUGCUCAUCUGCUAAAUGAAAAGCAAAUUCAAUUAGUUAACAAGAUAGAAAGUAUAAACGACAUGAAGAGAUGUCGGUUGCCGUUUAUUUAUAUUCCAGCAGAAGCAGUAAGGCUCGUUCAAAUCUAA